AAUCUGGUGGUUCACAUGGUGAUGCUUUAAAUUUUAGAUCUGGGUGAGUGUAGCAUAUUCCUUUCUCUGGCUACUGUUCGUUUUGUUACUGCCGCACCGCUUUGACCCUCUAGAAGACUCCCAUGGAGUUCCAGGCGCCAUGGUCGGCUAUACAUCCACCCAUCUCCCCCUGCCCAGCAGAUUCUCCUGCCCACACAAACCCUUCUGCGGUGUGGUUAGGUCCUCGGAGCAGCAGUAGGGAGGAGGCGCAUCGUGGGAGGUUGAGCGUGCCGCGGGAGGCUCCGCCGGGUCGCCGCCGACAAGCGCGUCGCAAGGGGUUCCGCCAGGGCGCGUCCGAUGGGCGCGAGGAGGCGCGCCGUGUUGCGGGAGGCUCCGCCAGGCCGCUGUCGACGAGCGCGACGAGGCCCGUCGCGGGAGGCUUUGCCAGGACGGCUCCGACGAGCAGCAGCGGGCGCAUCGUGGGGAGGGUGGUUCCAGGCCGCCGUCUACUCCGCCAUACAGCCGCCGACGAGCUCGAGGAGGAGGCGCGAUGCGGGGAGUGUUGCACAUGGGCUCCGUCGACUCUGUCGGGCCGUGAAGAGCAGCUACGAUGUAAAUGGCCGACUGCUCUCUCUCCCUCCCUCCCUCCCUCUACAGGCUAAGAAAUCGCAGGCCCGAGGAGGAGCUUGAGGUGCAGCUUCAGGAGGAUGGACUCCACUGAUUUGGGUGUUCCUGUGAUAUUUUUAGGAGGAGGCGUUCCUGACGAGAAACACCCCUCGGGGCGCUGGUGCCUAAAUGGAUUCGAUGGUUGUGGUGGUCUGUGGCAUCUCUGUGUUUCAGGCCUCAAUAAGAAGAUGGGUCAUGGGUAACGGUGACAAAAGGAAGAAAGAAAGGACGAAACCACGGAUUUAUUCACUGAUAUCAUGGGUAGCGGUUUAGCACAUGAUCUUGUUGAUCCCCUUAUAUCCAUGAGGGACAAUUAUCUCCUAUUUCUUCCAUCAUUUGCGUUUAUACCAGUCCCUGCAAGUAUUAAACCUGCAAGAAGUUUCCUUCAUCACACUUCCACUUCAACUACAUGCCUUUGCAGGGUUCUCUGGUGGUCUCUCCUUAUGCUGCACACAUCAAGUACAGUACCGAAGCUUGCAUUUCCGGAUUACACUAUCUACAAUGUUAACUCUCAUAACCAUACAAAGGUACCCUACGAGUGUGCGUGGUACCGGCCGUCAGCGAGGCCGUACUCCUUCCUCGCCUUCUUCGGUUCCGCAGCAUCAUCAUGGCCUCCAGGAUGUUGCUGCAGCCCGCAGUUUCUCUUUUUCCACCUGUGCCCAUUGUGCCUUCGUCCAGGUCUGGUUCUCCGGUUGGUGUUAGGCCUUCAUUACCGACGGUUGGGACUUCUUCCCGGUAUGUUGGCCCAAGUUCUGCACAAGAUUUGGUUCAGGAAGUGGCCUGAAUACCAUUGGAUAAUUUCUACAGAGUAUUUGCAUGUUCAGCUAUUGCAAGAACUUUCCCUCAUGUUUGGCAGAAAUGGCUAUUCUCUAGCAUCCUUUAAUAUGUCCACAGAACUAUCGGUACUGGAAGAUUACUUCGCAAUAGAUUGAUCCUAGAGGAGAUACAGUAUGAUAAAGUUGAUCUCAGAAAUAUGGCUCCAUCAGAAGUUAGAUGCAGAACAACAUCGUUCGUUCACAUGCAAGAUCUUUUCUGUGGCUGUCCACCCUUGACAUAUUGUUGGAUUUUUGUUAUAUGUACCUUGAACACUCAGUUGAUCUACGCUGUUUAUCACUGGUUUUUUCUCCUGCUGAAAACAUCCAGUUUCCUGCUCAUUCUAGCGGUGGAGUUCCUCAUGGCAAUAGGCUU